AUGAGUGCAAUUGCUGGCAGCGAAGACCCGAUCAAGGUCCUUAUCACUCUCCACCCAGGGUUUGACCUUCUCGACUUCGCUGGUCCUCUCGAGGUCCUCAGUUACACCAAGCAAGAUAUCAAUGACCCCGAGUCCAAUGCUUUCGAUGUCACCAUCGCCAGCGUCACCGACGAUUUGAAAGUUUACAGUAACCAAGGUGCCGUCAUUGAGGCAAACAUCUCUAGAAAAGAGGCUCUUGAAACUCUCAAUGACUACGAAAUCUUGAUUGUCCCUGGAGGUAGCUCUCCCAAGGAAAUUGACCUCAAAGCCAUCCAUCUCAACCCUCCACCACAGGUUGCUAUCAUCAAGGCCUUUGCCGACCUUCAGAAAACUGAAGUCGAGCAAGCCGAAGAUGAGCAAACUGACCUUAAGCGUGAACGAACUUUGAUGUCCGUUUGCACUGGAUCUCUCUUCCUCGCCCAAGCUGGUGUCCUCCAAGGCCUUUAUGCCACCACCCACCCCGAUCAUGACGUUCAAUUGGAAAUGAUCUGCCAGCACGCUUCUGCUCAUGACACUCAGAACCGUACCGAAGUCAUCACCGGUUGUCGUUAUGUUGUCAACAAUGCCCGUUUUGAUAUACCUGAUGAGGAUGAAGAACCCGAAGCGAACCCCUUCAUCCAGUCAUAUGAUCAAUUCAUCCUUUCCAAGAAGGAAAGAAGAAAGUCCAGCGCUCGCCGUGGAAGUGUUAGCCACAAGCUUGCCAUGCUGGCUGAGAGCAUCGGUACCAAAUCUGAGAAGAGACUUGGAGGAUUACGUGUUAUCACUGCUGGCGGUGUUAUGAGCGGCAUCGAUGCUACUUUGUACGUUUCUUCUGCUUACGUCUCCGUCGAGGCUGCAGAGGAGGCUGCCAGAAUCAUUCAACACUUUGAUUGGCAAAAGGGAGUUGUCGUUGACUCCGUUGACUUUGAGAAGGUCACUACCAGCGAUAUGUAUUAA